UUAGGGUUAGGGCUAGAUUUUAGGUCUCGGCCGCCGCUCGAGAGGGCGAGAGUGAGGAGCCAUGGUGAAGCCGCUGGUGAAGGCGAAGAUCGUGAAGAAGCGCGUCAAGAAAUUCAAGCGCCCGCAGAGCGAUCGCAAGAUCUCCGUCAAGGAGAACUGGCGGCGUCCGAAAGGUAUCGACUCAAGGGUCCGCCGCAAAUUCAAGGGAUGCACGCUCAUGCCCAACAUCGGCUAUGGCUCCAACAAGAAGACGAGGCACCUCCUCCCAAACGGCUUCUACAAGUUCCUCGUCCACACUGUGGCAGAUCUUGACCUCCUGCUCAUGAACAACAGGAAAUACUGCGCGGAGAUUGCUCACAACGUCUCCACUCGCAAGAGGAAGGACAUCGUCGAGAGAGCUGCGCAGCUCAACGUUGCGCUCACCAAUGGCUCUGCUCGCCUGCGUAGCGAGGAGCACGAGUAGAGUACUCGUUCUUUUUUGUGCUUCUAUUAAAAACCAUCUCUUUUCCGAGACUAAUCGAAUCGCAAAUCCACCA